AUGGCACAGCGAGAGCAGAUCUACAUUUCAUCCUGGCCGCCUAUCUGGCCUACGCGGGUUCCUGCGGCAUCUGCUAGCCAGAGUCCGGGCCCGCCGAACUACGACAAUGUCCUCGCUAAUCGGCUCCGGACUGCCGCCCACUGCUUUGAAGCAAAGGCAUUUGGCAUGAUGUGUAGCAGUUAUCUCGAUCAAGAAGGCAUUGAUGCCGUUAUUGCCGGCCCUAGCUCCCCGGAUGUCAUUGAAAAUGCGCUGGACAAUGCCUCUCAAGGAGCCAGCAUGUUACUGGAUCCAACGGGGAUUCAUUGUGCUUCAUUUAUGAUCCAUGAAAAGAUAAAGGCGCAGAAGCCCACUAAUUCCUGCAGAGUGAAGAAGGUGUCCUCUAUGCAGAUAUCAAUCUCAGCCGUCGCAUCGAAGGAAAGCAGUAUCAUGACACUGUUGAAGGAUAUCAAAGACUUCAACCGGUCUCGAAGGGACCCGGUUGCCUUUACAGAGAGCUGCCACAUUCAGGAGUGA